AUGAAGCUUCUGGUGGCCCUUGUAGCUGUUACCAGCAGUCCGGCCUUCGUGGCAAGUGUGGAACCACCCCAAGAUCCACUCCAAGGGGCCAUCUUCUUCACAAGCCUGGGUACCAAAGAGCUGGUGCGUCUGGACUGCAACAAACAGGGCUGCACCGGGCCUCACACCGUCGCAACGGGCAUGGAGACCUAUGGUGGCCUACUUCCAUGGAAAGGACACCUUCUAGCCGCCUUGAAGAGCCAUCAGCUGGUGCAGUUGGAUCCCUGGUGCCAGAACAGCAGCUGCCCAGUGACAGCACUGGUCGAUGUGGACCACGUGCUUGGUGGUGAGCAUGGGUCCUACGACUUGGGAGGCGUAUCUUUGUGCCAGGACUCUCUCUUCAUUGUCUUCGGAGGCCAGAAGGGAGCUACUGGAGUUCUCCGGUGCACAGGCUGCUCGCCCGGGCAGGACUGCACCUCCGGGUGCUCCUUAGUGGAUGGUGGAAACGAACCCGGCAAGGGCUCACAGCAGUUGUCCGCAUUUGCUGCUGGCAUCACCUGUGUGGAUGACAAUGUUCUUGUUACCGAUAACAGCAACUCUAGGGUGCAGGCGAUCCCAGCAGGAUGUGUGAGAGCGCCAUGUGAUGUCAAGACGUUUGCGACGGGAGUGAAGUGGCCUCUUGGCAUUGCGGCAGUCAAUGGUGGGAGGCGUGUAUUGGUCACCCUGGAUGAAGGCAUUGUAUCCUUCCUACCAAACGGAACAUCUCAAAGAGAUUGGAGCAGCCGCGGGGACAUGGGCUUCCUUUGCGAAGGAGGUGGGCGCAUUUUGGCUGCCAGUGGUGGCGAUGGCAACGUCGUAUCCUUCGACCCUGCGUGCGAGGGGCCAAAUUGCACGGCCACGCUGGUUUGGAAUUCAAGUGGAAGCACAGCAAGAGCGGCGAGCGCCAUCGCGUACGUGCCUGCUCAGCCUCAUGACGGUCCAAGCUCGUUCAUCGUGUGA